AUGCGUAUUCACCAACUUCUCGACCUCUGCCUCGAUUAUAUAGCCCUCGAUGGGGUGUUGGGCUCUGACCCUCAUUUGUUGCAACAACAUCUCAUCAGUCUGAACCCUUCCAUCGAUGAUGAUUUCUUCACCUUCGUUUGGCGUCAGCUAUGCCAACAUCCCAGCAUACAGAUCAUCGUGGCCUCUUAUCCCGUCCCUAGACCCGAUGGGACCAUCAUCACCGAGAGGGCUGAAAAGGAUAAACUGAAGAAGAAAAAGUUGAAAAGUGGUACGACGGCCGACGUCGUUCGGUUCCUAAAAGAGGUGGACAAUGUGGAGGAGCCGGUCUUGAACAGGUCAGACCUUCCUGGUUUACUGACCAAAUGGGGGACGCGACUACGGGUACGAUGUGUGGACGAUGAGAUAUAUAGUCGCUUGACUGGAUUACCUCAUAAGAUAAGUAAGAUCACUCCCGUAGUCUUUCACAUCCUUCAGAUUACAGCCAAGUGCCGAGAAAAGGGUAUCACCGCUAUCGAACUCGGUCCUCUGGUCGGUGCCAGCCAAGGGAGCAUGUUUCACUACAUGAAAACUCUUGUCAACCUGAAACUUUGUGUCAAGAUCCCCAGUCUCAUUCAUGGAUCAGUGACAAGUCUUCUCAUCUAUCGCUCGUUUGUACAUCAAAGCGACGCAUACCUUAAUUAUGAAAGGCAACGGAAAGCGUUAGAGGAGAUCGGUCCCAUUACUGGUGGUGUGACAAAAGACUCCACAACAGAUACGUCAGCAGAUACAGCACACGCAACAUCGAAGUUCGGUGGCUUUCCACCUCUCACCGAAGCAGAGGUCGCUACUGGUCACGUCGUCCAGGAAAGGUUGCUGAAGCUACUGGAUCACCCCAGCCUGGAGAAUCACCUUUUACGGAUGGUAAACCUCUUGGAACUGAUCGGCUGGCGGGGAGCGUAUCAGGUUCGUCAACGUCGAGCCGUGCUCAGGCAUGUGCAACGUCUGAUCGAUAAAGGUGUAGUAGAGAAAGUGGUCGUGGGCAAUCAGAACGCUCGGUGCCUUCGUUUGUGCAAAUUCAAUCUAGAAGGGGCUCCCGCCCCUGAAGCCCGUCAGCAGCUGGACGAGACGGACGAAAUGGAAAUGGACGAUCAAGGGAGCUCGAUAGAACAUGACACACCGCCAGAUCCCCGUACGUAUUUGUAUCAUGUUACUGUACUGAGGCUGAACCUAUAG